UUUCCAGCCCCUGUGGCAGCUCAGGAUUAAAUGGAUUUUCAUUGUUCUUUCUCUACUGCAGUUUGGACACGAAGUCGGUGUAAAUGCGCCCCGGGGGUUUUAUUUGCUGCUGCCCCCCCGUUCCUGAGGCUCGUAUUCUCCCGCUAGCCGCCUGCUCUAAAUAUGGCCAUGGCCAGUAUGUCAAUAAUCCCCCUCUUUAAGGGAUCUGCAAACACUAGUGUUGGGACAUUCUUGCUGUUCAGAUGUCUAGCUGACGUCUGAUGCUUAAAACGGAGCAUGCUUUCAUCCCUUCGUGCAUUGUCGUAACCCCCCGAUGAUUACUCUUAAAAGGGUGCCUCAGCUACACAGGGAAACAGUUGCUGACCACACGAGACACAGCUUGCUUGCUUCAGCUACUUGAAUGCCUAGUCACUUCAGGUUUGUAUCAGCCUGACCAAGCGGGACCAUGUCUACCUUUGGCUACAGAAGAGAGCUCAGUAAAUAUGAAGACAUUGACGAAGACGAGCUCCUUGCUUCUCUCACUGAAGAGGAGCUGAAGGAGCUGGAGCGGGAGCUGGAGGACAUAGAGCCUGACCGUAACCUUCCGGUGGGACAACGGCAGAAGAGCCUGACGGAGAAAACACCGACGGGGACUUUCAGCCGGGAAGCACUGAUGGCCUAUUGGGAGAGGGAGACCAGGAAACUCUUAGAAAAAGAGAGAUUGGGUGCGUGCGACAAGGAUUCUGAGCAAGACGACGACAAUUCAGAAGACAUUCAAGAAGAAUAUUUCACAGAAAGCAAUAGUGAAGUGUCUGAGGAGGCAUAUACUGAAGAGGAGGAUGAAGAAGAAGAAGAUGAGGAAGAAGAUGAAGACGAGAGUGAUGAUGAGGAUGAGGAAAAGCAAAAUGCUGCAGCUGGUGAAAGACCUGAGGAUGGCAGGAGUUCUGACCACAUCAGACGCAAAAAAUGUAACAGCACAAAGGACAAUGAAAGCUUACUCAAUGGCCAUGAUGGAAAAGACAGCGAUAAUCUGAGCUUAAAAAGCAGUGCCAUCCACCCUUGUGGAAAUCCAACGGUUAUUGAGGAUGCUUUGGAAAAAGUUAGGAGCAAUGACCCUGACACCACAGAGGUCAAUCUGAACAACAUUGAAAACAUUACUUCACAGAUGCUUAUACAAUUUUCUCAAGCCCUGAGGGACAACACAGUGGUUAAGUCGUUCAGCUUGGCUAACACGCAUGCUGACGACAAUGUCGCAAUAGCUAUUGCUGGUAUGUUAAAGGUAAAUCAGCAUAUAACUAGUCUGAAUAUUGAGUCAAAUUUUAUCACAGGCAAAGGAGUGCUGGCCAUCAUGAGAGCUUUGCAGAAUAACAAGGUUCUAACAGAACUGCGAUUCCACAAUCAAAGGCACAUCAUGGGCAGCCAAGUGGAAAUGGACAUAGUUAAACUGUUGAAAGAGAACACCACUCUGGUCAAGCUUGGAUACCACUUUGACCUUGCUGGCCCAAGAAUGAGCAUGACAAGUAUCCUGACAAGAAAUAUGGAUAAACAAAGGCAAAAGCGUAUGCAGGAGCAGCGGCAACAAGAGUCUGGUUGUGAUGGAGCCAUCAAUCCAAAGACCAAAGUCUUGCAGAAGGGGACACCUCGGUCCUCACCUUAUGUGUCACCUAAGAGCUCACCUUGGUCCUCUCCAAAGCUCCCUAAGAAAGCACUGCCAGUGAAAAGUCAGCCUCCAGCUCCUGCACCCCCACCUCCCCCUCCACCCCCACCUCCUCCUCCUCCCCCGGUUAUUCCAGAGAAAAAGGCACCAACCAGGAAUAUAGCUGAAGUCAUCAAACAGCAAGAAAGCUCAAAAAAAGCCUUACAGAAUGGACAGAAAAAGAAAAAAGGCAAAAAAAGCAAAAAACAUGAGAACAGCAUAUUGAAAGAAAUUAAAGAUUCUCUAAAAUCAGUCUCGGACAGAAAAUCAGAGGAAGGUUCACGACCCUCCACCCGUCCCUCCACCCCACAAAGGUCUCUCCAUGACAACCUUAUGGAAGCAAUUCGGGCAAGCAGCAUAAAGCAAUUAAAGCGGGUGGAGGUACCAGAAGCCCUUCGGUGAAAGCCUGAACGACAGAAGAAGCAGAGCACUGCAAUGGUCGAGGGGAGGCUACUCAUCCAUUCACUGGUGGUAACAUAGACUGUCUAGCAAGCUGCUUCCAAAGUACACUCUUAGAUUCAAACCAUUUCUCUUUUAUUUCAAGAAAUAAACCCGCUAAAUAUGAAACAAUGCUUUAAGGAUACAUUUCCCUUAUGAUCUGUAAAUAUGGAAAUAAUUUUCUUUUUUAUUUAAUGAGAUUUCUAUUGAGAAAUUGCUGCUUAUUUAGAUAUUCUUUUCAAUAUCUGAUUGCACCCCACUGGACAAGUUCUUCACACUGAGAUGUAAUAGUUUACCAACCUGUGGUUUCUUCUUUUUUUGUUUUUCCCAUGAAUUUACAAUAAAUGUGGUUUGAAGCUUUCAA